CUGGUAAAUUAAUCAAUUCUUCAUACAGAGCCGGGACCUGUGUUUGUACCCUCUCUCUCUCCCUCUCUGCCCCCUUUUGUUUCCUCUCUCUCUGAAUAAAAAAUAAAGCCAAAAUAGGAGGAUCUUGCCUAUACAUACAGCUAUAGCAUAUAUCAGUGUUUCUUAUGUAGUGUUUUUUGUCUUUUAUUCUGCUCUGAGGGCUUAAUUAGCUCCUGUUGCAAUGCUGCACAUGUGAAUCCCAAUUUUAAUCUUCAUAAUUCUUGAUGUUCUCCAAAGUAACUUUACUGCUGGUUCUGUGUCAAACUUCUUUUUCUCUUUUUGGGUGACAAUAAUUACACCCAGUUCACACAAAACACUAGUUCUUGUGUGAAAACCCAGAUCUUUAAUAGCUCCACUGCAUUCAAGAUGCUAUCUUUCAGGGGUCAUUGGAAAUGGGCUUCUCUCCUUUUUAGUAAAAACUAAGAUUUCAGCAGAAAUUGAGCUUUCUUUAAUUCUUUCAUAUUUUUUAGGAUAAGUGGGUUUUUUUUACAGAAAAUUAUAUUGUGUACUGAUCACCUGUCAGAAAUAAACAUUAAUCGAAGUAGUUAUUGUACUAUAGUGAGAAUCAUGAGUAUCAGCUGCAUAAUUCUUUCAUCAUUCUUUUAUGGUUUCUAAUUCUUCUCAGCUACCAAAAAAUACCCAUUUUUUAAGUCAUCUUGAGAUUGCUUAUUUGCCUUUGUAUUUGAAAUCCAUAGCUGUUCCUAUACAUGCCGUGCUUCGGGAAGCUCAUUCUUGAGGAUUCUACAACAAUAGAUGGUAGUUUUCAGGGUUUGUGUUGAGAGAAGAGAAAAGUGAACAGUUUGAUACAUAAUCCAUUUACAUCUGGUUUGAUUAGGGGGUAGAUCACAGAUGUGUUGUUUCUUUUAAGGUCAAAAGUUGGAAAGAUGAGCAGUAGGUCCCAUAACCAGGAUGGAAUGCAAGAAAGCCUGAAAAAACAGCUUGCUCUUGCUGUGAGGAGCAUACAAUGGAGCUAUGCAAUCAUCUGGUCUAUUUCACCAACACAAUCAGGGGUACUGGAGUGGGCUGAUGGGUACUACAAUGGAGAUAUCAAGACAAGGAAAACAGUUCAAUCUGUAGAGAUUGAUGCAGACCAACUGGGUUUGCAGAGAAGUGAACAAUUAAGGGAACUUUAUGAAUCCCUCUCAGCCGGUGAAACCAACCCGCAAGCUAGAAGGCCUACAGUAGCAUUAUCCCCUGAAGAUCUUAGUGAAACUGAAUGGUAUUACUUGGUUUGCAUGUCAUUCGUCUUCAACAUUGGCCGAGGAUUGCCAGGAAGAACAUUAGCAAAAGGUGAACCUAUUUGGCUAUCCAAUGCUCAUUAUGCGAACAGCAAAGUUUUCUCUCGCUCUCUGCUCGCGAAGAGCGCAUCAAUAAAGACUGUUGUGUGCUUUCCAUUUUCGGAUGGUGUGGUUGAGCUGGGAGUGACUGAGCUGGUCUCGGAGGACCCUAGCCUCAUUCAGCAUAUUAGAACUACAUUCUUGGAUAUACCAUACCCUAUGUCACAGAAACUCAAUCUCAGGGCAGUAAACAUGGGUGACGAAGACCUUGCUUUUGCCGAGAUUGAUCAUGAUAUCCUCGACACGAAAAUGAUUCCAUCUGUUGGAUGUGAAGAACUAGAUUUAGAUUCUCCAGGUAGCUGCUCAAAAGGGAACGAGUUUGACAAUCAAAACGCAGAAGAUUUAUUGAUGGUUGAAGAGCAAACUGUGGAAGCCUCUCAAGUACAUAGUUGGCAGCUGAUGGAUGAUGAUUUCAGUACCUGUGUUUUUCAACCUAUGAAUUCGAGUGACUGCAUAUCUCAAACCUUAGUAAAUCCUGCAACGCUUGUCUGUCUCCCUGACAAUGAGAAAUUGAAAGAACCCGUGCAACAAGUUCAAGACUGUAAUCGCCCAAAAGUGACCGCAUUGGACCUGCAAACUGAUGUUUUUCACUAUCAAAAUGUCCUGUCAGCUCUUCUCAAAACUUCCCACUCGUUGGUUUUGGGGCCAAAUGUUCGAAAUCCUCAUCAGGGAUCCAGCUUUGUGAGCUGGACGAAAGGAGGGCCGACAAACUGUGCAAAAUCAAAAGGUGAAACUCAGCAGAGAUUACUGAAGAAAAUACUCUUCGAUGUUCCGAGAAUGCACACAAGUGACCUGCUGCUGCUGGAAUCCCCAGAAUACGAUGGUGACAAAAAAGGCAUUUGGACACCGGAGGCUGGUGACAUAAGUAUGAACCAUAUCUUAGCAGAAAGGAGAAAAAGGGGAAAACUGAAUGAGAGGUUUACGGUUCUCAGAUCAAUCAUUCCCUCAAUAAGCAAGGUUGACAAAAUAUCUAUCCUAGACGAUACAAUAGAGUAUCUGCAAGAGCUUGAGAGAAGAGUCGAAGAGUUAGAAUCAUCAUCCCGGGAGGUAGCUGAGACAGAGGCAAGAACAAAGUGGAAAGCCCAAGAACCCUCAGAGAGAACAUCUGGUAACUAUGGCAACACCAUUAAGGCGGUGCUAAACAAAAGGAAAGCUUGCGAUGUUGAUGAAACAGAACAAGACAUGAAUUGUGUUGGAAGUUACGCGGACAAUCUAAUCGUCAGUGUGAGUGAUAAGGAUGUUCUAAUCAAGAUGAGGUGCCCUUGGAGGGAAGGCAUGUUACUAGACAUCAUGGAUGCUAUAACCAAUCUCCAUUUAGAUACUCACUCAGUUCAAUCAUCCACCGUGGAUGGAAUGCUCUCUGUGACCAUCAAAUCACAGAACAAGAGAUCAACUUUUGCAUCAGCAAGGAUGAUCAAGAAGGAACUUCAAAGAGUUGCCUCCAAAUAUUGAUGAAGCGUCCAGGCCAAUGACUGUAAGAGGAUGUUUAAUUACAAGAGUUUUAGCAGUAUAAUUGUAUCUCCUCAAAACUCCCGUAGAGCAUGACUGUCAAAAACCUGUUCUCUGAGAUUUUCCUCACAAUUUUCAUCAAUGAUUUAUAGUGUACUUGCUAGUUUCUACACCUAACAGAACAGACCCGUGACUUGGUAUGGUGUACUGCGUUUAGACAUAUUUCAGCCAAUUCAGUGGUGAUAAUAAGUUUUUCAUUUUCACAAA